UCUCUCUCUCUCUUCUGACAAAGCAUUCGAAGAUCCACAAUUUUGAAACUCUUGCGAAUUCCAUUGGCGUUUGAAUUCAUCCAUAUCUGCAUUAUCAACGACAUCUCCUCAAAUAACUCACACAAGAUCACAACUGUUAGUUAGUAUUUGUGGAACUUUGAUCAGUAGAACUUCAGAACUGUACGAUUUAGGUCAAACUUGAUGCUAAACUCUACGAAUUUCAUUGGCGUUUGAAUUCGUUCGUAUCGUAUCAUGUAUGUGGCAUUAUAGCAAGGAUAUUGCAUGAAAUAACUGACUCAAGGAGGUUGAUUCUGUGUUUAUAUUGCUGAAAUGGAUCAGUGCCUGUGACAUUUGAGGAACUUUGAUCAGUAGGAGUUCAGAACUAUAAGAUUAAGGUCAAACUUGAUACUAUAUAGAGCCGAUCGUUGCUGCAGAGGCUUGAUUCAUGUGCUGUUUUGUUGCUGAUAUUUAUCAGUCAAAUGGAUGUAAUUGAAGUUAGGGUUUAAGUAGCUUUGACUGCAAUUUUGGAAUAAGAUGGUGGAAAGUGAGUUGAACACAGGAAAAGGCGGUCAUAGUCAAAGAUUUGGUUUCCAUAGGGAUCCUUCGUUUUCUGGAUGGGGUGUAAGUGAUGGGAAAAAUAAUCCAAACGGUGUGAAAGAUGUGGAAAUUGUGAAUACGUCUGAAGUGGACGAUGAUUUUGAACUGCCAGUGCUUCAAGACAUUGGUUUUAAUAGGGAAGAGAUACAGAGUGGCGGAGACCGAUCUCAUUUGCGUGAUGUAAAUAUGAAUGGUAAUGGUCAUGUGGGCAUGGUUUCUGCUCCUAGCUCUGGAAGAGGAAACAAAAAUGAGAAUUAUACUUCUUUUGAUAUCGAAAAUGCUUAUGACACCGAUUUUGUUCACAAACAUAAAGAGGGUUUAUCGAGCUCCAAGAAUCCUAUAGCUGUUUCUGAUAUACUCAAGACGUUGUUUUUGAUACUUAUGUGGUACAUAUUCAGUACAUUAUUGACCCUGUACAAUAAGACUCUACUGGGAGAUGAUAUGGGAAGAUUCCCUGCUCCGUUAUUAAUGAAUACGAUUCAUUUUACAAUGCAAGCUGUUUUAUCAAGGGGCAUCACAUACUUUUGGUCACACAAAUUUGAACCUACAGUGCCUAUGGCACGAAAGGAUUACUUUAUGAGAGUUGUACCUACGGCUUUUGCAACAGCACUGGAUGUCAACUUGAGCAAUGCAUCCCUUGUUUUUAUUUCCGUUACAUUUGCCACCAUGUGCAAAUCUGCAUCUCCUAUAUUUCUCUUGAUAUUUGCUUUUGCAUUCAGGUUGGAGACUCCAAGUCUCAAACUUUUAGGCAUUAUGUUGAUAAUAUCGGUUGGGAUUUUAUUAACAGUUGCAAAAGAGACUGCAUUUGAAUUUUGGGGCUUCAUAUUUGUCAUGCUUGCUGCUGUUAUGUCUGGUUUUCGGUGGACCAUGACUCAGAUCCUUCUUCAGAAAGAAGUUUACGGUUUGAAAAAUCCCCUGGUGCUGAUGAGCUAUGUAACUCCAGUAAUGGCAGUUGCAACGGCUUUGUUCUCUCUCAUGUUGGAUCCAUGGGAUGAAUUUAGAAAAAGUAGUUAUUUUGAUAGCACAUGGCAUAUUUACCGAAGUGCCCUACUCAUGCUUUUGGGGGGAACUCUUGCUUUUUUUAUGGUGUUGACAGAGUUCGUUCUUGUUUCGAUAACAAGUGCAGUAACAGUAACUAUAGCUGGAGUUGUGAAGGAAGCUGUCACAAUACUGGUAGCGGUAUUUUACUUCCAUGAUGAAUUUACAUGGCUGAAAGGAGCUGGUCUUGUCACGAUUAUGUUUGGUGUGAGUCUAUUCAACUGGUACAAGUACCAAAAACUCCAAAAUAAAAUAGCAAGUGGAGGUGACAUGGGAGAAAAUCACAGUAACGUCCCUGCAAAAUACGUAAUUCUUGAAGAUAUGGAAGAUGAGGGAGACGGUUCUUGAUUGCGGAUACAUCAUAUAAUUUCACAUGCUCCGUUACAAGCAAUUGUGCAGAUGGACAUGUUAUCAUUUUGACCCGGUAUAUACCAGCUUUUCUUGUCAAAGAGAGAUUUUGAUGUUCGACACAAAUGGCGUUAAACUGUGGGAAAGCAUGUUAAACAAGAGUUUCCGGGGUUCAUUUUUAGAUGUCAAAUCCAGUUUUGUUGCAUUAUUGCCUGGCAAUAUGUUUAUAAAAUUUCAUAUCUUUUUUCUGUUGUUGGUGCAGGUAAAUGCCCUUGAUGAGUGGGUAGCAUACAGAAUGACAUAUAUAAUUAAAUUUGUGUUGAUGCACCUUACCAGCAUCUUUUAAAACAUUUAAAUCGGGUGAUGCUAAACGUACCCGUAUAGAGUAUUUUUAAUGUCUGAAUCAGAAAGAUCACCUUUUAACAUCUUUUA